AUGGACGCAUCCAGCACGGCCGCAUCGACCAUCGCAUUAUUCGAACGGCUCGACAAGCUCUAUCAGAUAAUCAAGGACAUCAAAGAUCUUCCAAACGCUAUCCAUAGAGUGGGAGAGUCUUUCCCAAUAGUCUUGGAUAUUGUCAAGGUUGUCCGAGAUGAGCCUAAAACAAAGCCCGCGAGGUUUGUGAACGCAAUUCUCGAAUCUUGCAACAACCUGGCGAGGCGAAUUGGGUACAUCUUCAAUGCAAUCAAGAACGCGAUGAAGCAGAGAAGCGAGGAUAAAAAUUGGUCGACAUUCGUCGAUGUAUAUCGCGAGAAGGCCCGCGAGGCGGGCAAAGUAGAAGCCGCGAUGGAGCAGAUUUUGCAGAAACUGAGGAACUUGGCUGUUGAUAAAAUUUUCAAAUCACUCGACGAAGAAAAACCAGCGAUUGACAGAAUGACUGGAGCCAUCAAGGCCCUUAGGAACGCGAAAUCGCCAUUGCCGGACUCGGACUUCAACGAGAGCGCGGCCUAG